AUGUCCCUGACUUCCCUAGAGGAGACGCUGGCAAGCGAGGGUAUGGGCAGCAUGAUGAGCUGCUACUGCUUCAUUAACAGUAAAGAGAUAAAAAAGGAAAACGUGAGCCUGCUGCUGAGUCGAGCAGAUGAUAGAGUUAGAGGAGGUGCAGCUGCUAGGUGGCUUAAGAUACCAAAUGUAGGUAGCGCAGUUCUAGAAGACUGCCUCCAGGUUGGGCUCACACUACUUCAGUAUGCUGGCAGUCGGGGUGCAUCGGAACAUAUUUUACCUUUUUUGGAAGUAUAUCGAAUCUCCAUCCAAAGCUUUGCUAAUGCACGACCUUACUUGACUACAGAAUGUGAAGAUGUUCUUUUGGUACUUGGCAGGCUAGUGCUGAGUUGUUUUGAGCUACUGCUUUCAAUUCCUGAAAGUGAAUUGCCGCAUGAGGUGUGGUUAGGAUUCCAUCAGUCCAUACAGGAUUCACAUGAUGCUUUACUGGAAUUUGGGAAUAACAACCUCCAAAUAUUGGUGGAUAUCACAAGGGAAGGAGUAUGGAAAAAUCCAGUUCUUCUUAAAAUUCUAUCCCAGCAACCAGUAGAAACUGAGGAAGCUAAUAAAUUGAUUACACGAGAAGGGCCUUCCUUUCUGCAGAUGCGAAUAAAACAUUUGAUGAAGUCAAACUGCAUCCCACAAGCUACUUUCUUGUCAAAAUUGUGUGCAGAUUCUCCAGAAAUUGCAAAUGUUUCAUCUUUUCGCCAAGCCUACAUCACAUGUGUGUGUUCUAUGCUGCCUAAUGAAGACUCCAUUAAGGAGAUUGCAAAGGUGGAUUGCAAAGAAGUACUGGACAUCAUAUGUAAUCUGGAAUCUGAGGGACAAGAAAACACUGCAUUUAUUCUUUGUACAACAUACCUUACUCAUCAACUUCAAACAGCAAAUGUGUAUUGCUCUUGGGAACUGACGCUUUUCUGGAGCAAACUGCAGAGAAGAAUAGAUCCUUCUUUAGAUUCCUUUUUGGAGAGAUGUCGUCAGUUUGGCAUCAUUGCCAAGACACUACAGCAUUUAUUUUUCUUGAUAAGAGUCAUACAAUCUGAAGCAGAAGAAGCAGGACUUGCUGUGUCUGUUUUGUUAUGUGUGAGAGCCCUUCAGAUCAGAUCAAACGGAAGCGAUGAAAUGAAGACAUCAGUAUGUAAAACAAUUGCAUGCCUUUUACCAGAAGACCUUGAAGUUAGAAGAGCUUGUCAGCUCACAGAAUUUUUACUUGAGCCAACUUUGAGUGGAUUUAAUGUGUUGGAAGAGCUCUAUAUGCAACCAGAUCAAAAAUUUGAUGAAGAAAAUGCACUGGUUCCAAAUUCACUCCGUUGUGAGCUGCUGUUAGCUUUAAAAGCAUAUUGGCCAUUUGAUCCCGAAUUUUGGGACUGGAAGACUUUAAAGCGGCAUUGCCUUAAACUGUUAGGGAAAGUAGCUUCUGAUUCCGAGGAUGAUGCAAGUUGUAAUAUGUCAAUCAAUGAAACCGACAUGUUAGAAACCUUCUUUAGUGACUAUGAUGAGACAAAAGAACAUAAAUAUUAUGAUGGAAAAGACACAAUGAACCACCGUAAAGAAAAAGCAAGAAUAAAAAAACCAAUUGGUUCUUCAGAAAGAUACCAGAGAUGGCUUCAAUACAAGUUUUUUUGUGUGCUCUGCAAAAGGGAGUGUAUAGAGGCUAGAAUACUGCAUCAUUCUAAGAUGCAUAUGGAAGAUGGUGUUUAUACGUGUCCGGUGUGUACAAAAAAGUUCAAAAGAAAGGAAUUUUUUGUACCGCAUGUAAUGGAACAUGUUAAAAUGCCACCUAGUAGAACACACAGACCUAAAAAGAAAAUAAUACUGAAAAAAGAGAGAUCACCACAAAAGACAACAGCUUCCAGCAGCCCGCCCCCAGCAUUUCAGGAAAAGUCACAUCAGCCACAGCUGCCCGAAAAUUUUGAAAAUGACGCACAUGAAUAUGUCACGUUUAGCCAACUGGAAAAUUGCCAGCUACAAGACAGAGACAUCUAUCCAUGUCCCGGAACGGAUUGUUCUAGAGUAUUUAAACAAUUUAAAUACUUAAGUGUACAUCUGAAAGCUGAACAUCAGAACAACGAUGAGAAUGCAAAACACUACUUGGAUAUGAAAAACAGGAGAGAGAAGUGUGCUUUCUGUCGCCGACACUUCAUGACGUCCUUUCAUUUGCGGGAGCACGAACGUGUGCACUGUGGACCUCAACCGUAUAUGUGUGUCUCAAUGGAUUGUUAUGCUAGAUUUGGGUCAGUUAAUGAGCUUCUCAAUCACAAACAAACACAUGAUGACCUUCGUUAUAAAUGUGAGCUGAAUGGCUGUAAUAUUGUUUUCAGUGACUUAGGGCAGCUUUACCAUCACGAGGCACAGCACUUCAGAGAUGCAUCAUACACCUGCAACUACUUUGGUUGCAAAAAGUUUUAUUAUUCAAAAACUGAAUUUCAGAAUCAUCUUGCAGCACAUAAUAUUGAAGUGUCGAAUGGGGAAGUGAAGCAAACACUAAAACUUGAAGAGUCAGUUUCAAAAGACAAAUGCAGUUAUCUUCCAGAGUCUCAGCUGCUUGAACAAUCUGAAAAUUCCAGUCUGAAUGAUAACUUGGAUCCCUCAGGCUCUCAGGAAAUUCCACAGAUUAAGGAAGAAGCUCUCUCUGACAGUGAAGAUCUAGACAGUGAAAGUAAUUGCAGUCUUCCUUGUGGGGACCACAGCACAGAUGCUGCAGUAAACCGAGGCCAGGUGUCUCCUCUACUGAUUGAAACAAUGGCUCACAAUCAAUCAGUUCCAGGUUUUCUCAUGUCCCAGGAAGGAGUCUUCCAUCCAGCAGAUGUGAAGCAACAGUGUUCCAAUGUGGCGGUUUGCUUUGAUGAAAAAAAACUUUCCUGUGGUUUUGAAGGCUGCUGUUCCACACACAAAAAUUCCAGAAGUAUGCAAAAACACCUUCGCAGGGCUCAUCCAUAUAACUUUAAAGGUAAAAAAAAUAUGGAGAUGAAACCUAAAGACUUUCUCAAUCUGUUAAGUGAUGCUCAGGACAGUAAAUCCCCUACAGACAUUAAUACAGAGUUAGGUCAUAAUUCAGAUACAAAUGCUGACUCUCCAGAAAGCUUGUAUUGUACUAUAGAUGCUAAAGGAAGCAAUGGCCUGAAGGAAGAAGCUUGUCCUUCUUCCCCAGAAACAUCUUUUUAUGACAGUUCCAAAGAAUCAAAUAUUGAAGAUAACAUGUUGGAACUAAUGUUAGGCUUGAAACAUCUAAGCUUAAAAAAUUCUAACAUUCAGAAUUCUUCAAGACACAAGCCUUUUUUGGGCUCUUUACAGUCCUGUUCAUCUAGGGAUGCCAAGUGCCCUGAGUCAGUAGAUGAAACUACCUCAAAAUUUCAGCUUCAGGAGCAACAAGAUAAUUUACCCAGCCAGUACCUUACUCAACUGGCAGCUAAACCAUUUUUCUGUGAAUGUCAAGGAUGUACGUGUGAGUUUGUGACCAGAGAAGCUCUCUUAAUGCAUUAUGUCAAAAAGCAUAACUAUUCAAAGGAAAUGGUUCUUCAGUUAAAUAUGUUCCAGCAUCGGUACUCACCAUUUAAGUGUCAUAUUUGCCAAAGAUCAUUUACAAGAAAAACACACCUUCGAAUUCACUAUAGAAACAAACAUCAAAUUGGCUGCGAGAGGGUAGCUCACAAGGUAUGUUCUAAUGAAAAAUUUGAUCACGUAGGUUUAUGUACAGAUAACAUGCAUAAAAACAGCACUGUUCCAACACCUGUCUGUGCAACCAAGGUUGAGUUCGUUGAACAUUCAGACCACUCUGAACAGUUGUGUCAUCCUAAAAAGGAAGACUGUAGUUCCGAGACGGAUUUGGAGUCCAGUGAAGAGACAGACAAUAACGUAACAAGAAAAACAUCUAACAUAGCUUCUCUGGACAGUCAUAGGGAAGAACUGGAAGCAAGGCAGGGAAGAGGAAGCAAAAGAACAGUUGCUAAAGGAAACUUAUGUUACAUAUUGCAUAAGUACCACAAACCAUUUCAUUGUAUACAUAAAAGUUGCAACUCGGCAUUUACCAACCAGAAAGGUUUGAUUCGCCAUUAUAGAACCGUUCACCAGUAUAAUAAGGAACAGCUCUGCUUAGAAAAAGACAAAGCAAGAACAAAAAGGGAACUUGUCAAAUGUAAAAAAAUAUUUGCAUGCAAACACAAAGACUGUGGUAAGCGUUUUUUAUGUUCUAAAGCUCUUGCUAAGCAUUGUAGUGACUUCCACAAUGAACACUUAGAGGAUCAAAAACUGCUUUCUGAAGCUGAAUCUGCAAGAUUUGCUUGUAACCAACCCCACUGCCCUGCUGUAUUUUAUACCUUUAAUAAGCUUAAACAGCACCUAAUAGAAGAACAUGCCAAUGAAGAAAAAUUAAACAAAGAUUUUGAAAUCCAUUGUGACCUUAAUGGCUGUAAUCGAAUUUUCACAAAUUACAGUCACUACUCUCAACAUGUAUAUUUCCGACAUAGUGAAUAUUAUGAUAGUCUCUUUGGAAAUCAGAAAGAGGAGGAAGAUAAUCAAGAUAAAGAUAAAAAUGAACAAAGUUAUUUGAAGGACAGUUUUGACAUAAGCAAGCAGAAUGGGAAGCAGUUAAAAGAAAAAUCUAAAAGAAUUAGCAGAAGUAGAGAAAAGCAUUUGAUGAAUUUCAAAACAAAAGAGGAAGCCCUACAAAUGUGUGAAGAGAAGUCUAACCAGACCCAGUACCCUUGCAUGGUUCAGGGAUGUUUGUCUGUUGUCAAAUUGGAAAGCAGUAUCGUGAGGCACUAUAAGCGCACCCAUCAGAUGACCAAUAUGUAUAUAGAGCAACGGAUUCAGAAACUUGUUGUUUGUGUUAAAUGCGGCAUCAUGAUUGAAAAGCAGUCCUGCUCUGAAACAGCUUUAGACUUGGAUAAAAAAGGUGUCAAAGUUAAAGAGGACAAAUCAGCUAAUCCUGAGUACGUGCAGGAAAGCGAAAAACCUCUUGUUGCAAAUACUGACUGUGAGCGUCAAGAUGUAAGCAAUGAAGACCAAAAAAGAUGUCCGUCGAGUAGUGUGAGUUUUGAUGCGAGUGCCUUUAUGUAUUCAGGCACUUUAAAAUACAACCACAGUUCAAAGAACACCUCUUUUGAAGAGCAUAACAUCAGGGAGACAGUUACGUGUAAAACUGAAGAUUUUUCUGAAAAUAGCGAAAGAGAGAAUAGCUCUUAUUUCUCCAGUUUACAAUUAGAGUUGCCAAGAGAGAAGGACCCAGAAGGAUGUCAACAUAGCGCAGUUAAUCAAAAUGCAAAAAGAAAUGUACUUUGUGCUACAAAAGACAAAUUUCAGAAGCCUCCAGUGUCCAAACCAUUUGAUUUAAAGACGUAUAAACCAAUGGGAUUUGAGUCUUCAUUUUUAAAAUUUAUUCAGGAAAGUGAGGGAAAAGAGGACGACGAUGAUGAUGAUUUCGAUGAGGUGGUAGAAUGGGAGUCUCCUGAGCAGUUGCCGGCAGAUAAAACCUUGCAAAAAGAGGGAGACGGUCAAGGGGAUACACCAGUAAACAACUUUGUAAAUGACAAAAAUGUAGUCAUAACCCAAAAUAAUCAUGGGCAGCUAUCAGAAAUCCAGCCCUUGUUGUCAGAAUCGUCAUCUGCCCCUUCUUUAGAAAAUUUGAGGGCGAUCUUGGACAAGGCACUAACGGACUGUGGAGACCUUGCCUUAAAACAGCUUCAUUACUUAAGACCAGUAGUUGUUCUUGAAAGAUCCAAGUUUUCCACACCCCUCAUAGACUUAUUUCCAACAAAAAAGACAGAUGAGCUUUGUGUAGGAAGUACGUAA